AUGGCUGAGCGAAUCCACCAGCGUCCUCCCUUUCGUGCCGAGCAUCUCGGUUCACUGCUGCGUCCCAAGGUUCUGAGUGAAAAGCGUAUCCAACUGGAUGGUGAAAAAGCAGUUGUGAUCGCUUCCGACAAGGAGCUUCAGAGACUCGAAAAUGAGGCGAUUGACGACAUUGUCAAACUACAGAUCGACUUAGGGUACCAUGCAGUCACCGACGGCGAGUACCGACGCCAUCAGUUUUGGGGCACCUUUUUCCCGGCGCUGGAGGGCAUGGACGAGAUCGCCGACCCGCCUCUUGACAUUUUUCGUCUCUAUGUCCCUGACCUGGCUGCUUUCACGGAGGCUGGGCAUAAGCCUGGGGAGUCGAUUAUUUGCGUCGGCAAAAUUAAGCAUGCCGGCAGCACUUACAUAGACCAAUGGAACUACCUGAAGACUCGUCUUCCUGCCGAGCGAGUCAAAGAAGCGAAGCUGACGUUACCAGCUCCAGAGUGGUACCACCUUCGCUAUAAAACGGGUCAUGCGUACCCAAAAGACGUUUAUGCAAAUGACGAAGAGUAUUUCGCCGACAUUGCUGCGGCGUACCGCAGUGAGCUCAGAAUUCUGUACGAGGCUGGUUGCCGCAACGUAACCAUUGACGACCCUAACCUUGCGUACUUCUGCUCUGAAAAGAUGCUGCAGGGUUUUCAAGAUGUGGGAGAGGACGCGGAUGCCUUGUUCGACAGCUACAUCAAACUGUACAAUGAUUGUCUCUCUACGCGUCCGGCCGAUUUUCAUGUAGGGCUCCACCUCUGCCGCGGGAAUUUUGCCUACUCGCGCCACUUCAGCGAAGGAGGCUACGACCGCGUGGCCUCGAGGCUUUUUCGCGAAAUCAACGUCGAUACCUACUUCCUCGAGUACGAUACAGAACGCUCUGGAGGAUUCGAGCCUCUGCGCGAGUUACCGGCUCACAAAAAUGUUAUCGUCGGCGUUAUUACGAGCAAAUUUCCAAAGCUUGAAGACCUGGUUGAGAUGCGCGCCCGGGUUCACGAGGCCGCUGACUAUGUUGCCCAAGGAAGUGGCCAAUCCAGGGACGAAGCCCUGAAACGCCUGGGUGUCAGUCCGCAGUGUGGAUUUGCAAGCCAUCAUCUUGGUAAUAGCGUUACGAAGGAGGACAUGAUCAAUAAGCUGAAGCUAGUGCGCCAGCUCGCUGAUUCGAUUUGGGCGGGUGAGCCUUAA